AUGGAGCGACCAGAGAACUGCAUGGAUAUCUUCGACCUGAUCUCGACAUAUGGGAAACUUGACGAAGAUUCAGCCCGAGGUAUUUUUAUUCAAGUAGUGGAUGCCAUAUGUGCAAUGUACGUGAAGCAUGGUCUGAUUCACCGUGAUAUCAAGGACGAAAAUUUGAUUGUAAAUAUGACGAACGGCGAAGUGAAACUUGUGGAUUUCGGAGCGACAGCUCCUGCGGAGAAGGCGAUGAAGAAGGAGUUCCAAGGUAAGCGCCUACUCUUGAAUUGCCUUGUGCCUUUUGCAUCUCUUUCUUCCGAGGACAAGAAGGCUUUUGUCAGGUACGCGAUCGUUACAUGUCCACGGAAUUGGUUUCGUCAGCUGCCAGUACUGCCGUUGGAGGCGACCAGUUGGUCGCUGGGCGUACUGCUGUUCAUUUUGGUCACCGGACAACUGCCGUUCAAAAACGAGAUCCAAAUCUGCUUAGGACGAGUGAAAUUCCCGUCGUAUCUAUCGAAAGGUUAG